UGAACGCGACAGCGUCGGCGGCCCGCGUGAUAAGUUCUGUCACAGGGAGAAACAGGCUAUUAAAUACCUCAGGACAGCAUGCAGACCGAAUAAUGUGUGGAGUUUUGUGAGUUAUAUGAAUGGCAUUUAGUUUGCUACAUUUGCUUACAAUAUUGUUAAUAUUUCAAGACUUCCACCUAUAGAAUACCAAUAGGUAUGGAAAGUAAUCCUCAGCUUGAUCUGGACCCUAAUAGAGAUGAUCUGCCCUUGCGGGCCAACACCAACCAAAUGCUUGUUCGACACUAUGCGCUUGACCUGGCCGUUCACUUCCAAAGGAUGGUCAUUGGUGGCAGUAUUGUUCUUUUUCUGGAGCCUGUUAAAAGUGAAAGAGGAUCUACAUCAAACACACCAGUACAAGACGUAUGUAAGUUAUCAUCGUCUAAAGAUGAUGCGAAAUCUCCCAUCAUGCCUUGCCCAAAUAAAUUAACACCCACCAAGAAUCCAUCAGAUUUGAGUGAAGGAAGUGACAUCAAUAAUGUCACGUGGGGUGAUGAUAGUGACGAUUUCACCUUGGUGCUGGAUUGCUGUGAUCUAGUGGUGUUCAGAGUGGAAGAGGUGGAUGUGACCACGGUGUCUCAUUUAAAGGAACUUGACAAACAGGGAUUUUAUGCAAAUGCUGAUCAUCCAUCUUCCAGUCUGGUACGGAGGCUGGUCUCCAUGCCUUCAGCUAGCUGGAGACAGCAACAAGAUCUAUAUCUCCAGUGCAGUCAUUCCCCUGCUGUCCUACAUGAAAAACCUCUCCGCUUCCACAUGGAUCAGUGGAGUCUUCAGAUCAGGAAGGAGGGGGUUUUGUCCCCUCAUGCUUUCCCGUGUGCUCUUCGAAUCUGGUAUGAAACUAAACCCACAGGUGGUUCUGUGAGGUGGACGAAAGACCAGGAUGGCAGAUGCUGUGUAUAUACCAUGGGCUCGCCCAUCAACAACAGAGCCCUCUUCCCAUGCCAAGAACCACCUGUUGCCAUGUCAACAUGGCAGGCACGUGUAAGAGCGCCGUGUGAUUACACUCUUUUAAUGAGCGGUGAAAAUCAAGCCUUUCCUGAGCCUGCAGAGACGGGUGUUCUACAGUGGGAUUAUUAUGUCACGAUGCCAAUGCCAGCUUCCACCUUUACCAUAGCGGUAGGUCAGUGGCUGGAGGCUGGUGUAAAGGCUUCCAACUCUGAGGUGGAGAAAACAGAAGAACCUCAUGUCCAAGUUCCCGUUGUUUCUCUAGACAACUCACAAUCUGGACCUACAGACCAACAUCAGAGGAGACUUAUAUCAGAACAAAAUGGUGAUGAACAAUAUGUUUGCUCCCACAUGGAUUAUCCUUGUCGCUUCCUGGUCAGCGCUGCUAGGACACAGACAGUUAUUCCUCACCGGGUAUAUGCCCCCGCCCAUCACCUGCAGAGGGCAGAAGACCAGGUUCUACCCCUCCUGCCGCUCUGUCUGACUGCCGCCCACCUCAUUUUAGGUGUCCAUCCAUUCUCACGCCUAGAUGUUCUCAUUGUUCCCUCAGGCUUCUCCAGCCUGGGCAUGGCCAGUCCUCAUAUCGUGUUCCUGUCUCAGAGCGUGUUAACGGGUGAGAGGAAUCUCUGCGGGGCAAGACUGUGCCAUGAGAUCGCCCACUCAUGGUUUGGGCUGGCUAUAGGAGCACGGGAUUGGACGGAGGAAUGGAUCAGUGAGGGUUUUGCAACCUAUUUAGAAGAUGUGUUCUGGGCCCUGGUUCAGCAGCUGGGUUGUGGAGAGGCUGAGGAGCAGAAACAGUUGAAGGCCUUGUUACGCUGGAGGAGACUGAGUGAUGAGCUGCAGAACUCUGAAGAAGAGCUGCAGGUCCUCAGGCCCAAUAAAGAGAACACAGGGGAGGUGAGCGAGUCUGGUGCGUCAGUAGUGAAACAUGCCCUCAACCCUGGAAAACCCUUCAUGCAAGUUCACUACGUAAAGGGCUACUUCCUCUUGAAGUUUCUGGCUGAUCAGGUCGGCGAGGAGAACUUCCUUCUGUUCUUCAAAGCCUUCGUGAGAAAAUUCCACGGCAGGCUCAUUCUCUCACAGGAUUUCUUGCAGAUGCUCCUGGACACAUUUUCUGCAAUGAGCAGUCGAGGCAUCACACUGGAAACCAUCUUUUCAGACUGGCUAGAUACACCCGAAAUGCCAAAGUGGCUGAGGGACGCCAGCUCAGAAUGGUUGCAGACUCCAGUGGUGGAAGAAGUCAGAGAAGAGGUUGCAAAAUGGAUUCACUUCAGCGAUUCCGAUGGAAAGGGCACCAAGCGGAAAAGAGCAGGGCCCAAGGUUAACUUCAAAGAGUUGAAUCCAGAACAGUUGGUCCUGCUUUUGGAGUUUCUUUUGGAAGAACCAAAGCUGACCCUUUCCUGCCUAAGGCAUCUCCAUACCGUGUAUGAUCUACAGGCCCGAGAUGCUGAGGUGAGACAUCGCUGGUGUGAACUGGUGGUCAAGCACAAAUACACAGCGGCAUACAGAGACGUUGAGCAGUUUCUGAUCCAUGACCAGGCCAUGGGUGUGUAUUUAUAUGGUGAGUUGAUGGUCCAGGAAGACGCUCGGCAGCAAGCUUUAGCACGAUGCUGCUUAUCCAUCAUUAAAGAUGACAUGGACCAAUCAGCACGCAGCGUUGUGGAAGAAAUGAUCCUCUGAGCAGGUUCGUCUGGGGUCCAGUCACAGGUUCAACUCAGAUUCAGUCUACUGAAUGUCACUACUGAUGUCCAGAGAACUCAAUGAGUCAAAUAAACUAAUACACCAAAUAAACAAUCCCAAUAAAUCCCUGUUAAGCAUUUCUGGUAAAAGUAGAACACAUCAAACAAAGUAAAGGUUUCAUAGAUCUGUAUUGUCAGAAAAAAUAAAACAAAACCAAAUAUGGCAACAAAUAUAAGUGCUGAAUUGUAUUUAGUGUAUCACAUGUAAAAGUGUUGAAGCAGCUUGGUAAAGAUGACAUCAGCAUUCUCUGAACUCCCUUACCCGCUGCUCAGGUCCCAGACUUACAGUAUCAUCAGAUACAAAGAAAACGUUUGGGGUAGAAAUAUGUGUUACCGACGCAUGUUUGCAAGCCAAACAUGUAACUUUAUCCUCACUGUUAGUGUUUUACACACAUUCAGACACAAAGAGGAAUUUCUAACAUUGUAGGCAAAAAAUGUGUUUGAAUUGCUGUAAAAGUUGUUUGUUUAAUAAACAGUCAAUAUUGAUCAAAAUAA